UAAUGUCAGACAGGAGGAGAGGCCAACUUGCAGGGUCGAUAGGGCUAACCACGCUUCACUAUGCUGCUCUGAUAACAGCUGCGUUCGACCAGCCGAGGGUCCACUUACAUUCAACAUCCACUAAUACAGCAAGCGUGAACAAAUUACAGACCCUCUCCCAACAUGUCCCAAGAGGAAACUGUAGAAUCUGGGAGCUUGUUCUUAGUAGGGAACAAGAAAGACCUCAUCGAGGCCAAACGCACCAGCGUCACCGUGGGCGACAGGGUCGUAGCCGUCAUUCAUCACCAGGGAGUUUUCUACGCUAUGGACCAGCACUGCUAUCAUGCAGGUGAAUCUUUGUUAAAUGGAGAUAUUGAGGAAAUCGACAGGAAGCUUUGCAUUGUGUGUCCAAAGCACAAGUACAAAAUCAGCCUGGCAGAGGGCGAAGGGCUUUACAAUGCCAAUCAUCCAAAAGACAAAGACAAGCCACCUUGCUGGGUAUCCAGAGGCAUAAAGCAACGAGUACACAAGGUUACCGAGGUGGACGGGAACAUCUAUGUGACGCUGUCCGAAACCCCUAAGCAGAUUGAUUCGGACUAUUAUCAGACUGAGAAGGGCAGAGCGGAGCUGAAGAAAGUCAAGCAUUCAGACACGGAUAAAUCAGUGAACAGCUAAUUGAUAGGUGUGACCAAUUAUAGGAAAGUUUCUGAAUGCAUGAGGACAUAUUGUGGAGGGAAAAAAAAUUAUUAGGUAUUAAAUGCUAGCUAUUUUACUGAUAUUUCUUCAUUUUAAUUGUCAGAUUGUCAGCACUGUUUAAGCAUUAAAUAUAUAAGCAGUAAAACAUGAUGAGGUGUGCUGUUAUAGAAAAAUGAUCACUGACCGGAUAGUGUAAUGUGGAGGGCUGUUAGUACCCUGGGGUUGAUUACUUGCUUGUAACAGUAUGCCCUGAAGUGUUUUAUUCCUCUUGUACCUCAGCAGUUUGCCAAUACUAACUAACAUUUUUAUUUUUCCAGAAUGACACUCUU